GAUUCCCCAUGGUGGGGAUUCCAUGAAUUAUUAUAAUUUUUGAAAUCAUUAAUUAUUAUCAUUUUUUAAUUCCGAAAUGGGUAUUGAUUUAGUAAAGGCUGGUAGAGUGAAGAAACCAGGCCGUAAGGCUUUGGUUAGUAAGAAUCCUUACCUUCGUCUUUUGGUUAAGCUUUACAAAUUCCUCUCUAGACGCACUGACCACUCCUUUAACAAGGUUGUUCUAAAACGUCUUUUAAUGCCCAGACGUUUCAAAGCUCCUCUUUCUCUUUCUAAACUCAGUAAACAUAUGGAAAAAAGACCCGAUAACACAGCUGUUGUCGUUGGAACUGUUACAAAUGAUGAGAGAAUGGACGUGGUGCCGAAAUUGAGUGUUUGUGCUUUAAGGGUUACUGAGACAGCAAGGAAACGUAUUUUAGCCAGUGGCGGUGAAGUUUUAACCUUUGAUCAGCUGGUUGCCAGGAGUCCCACGGGUUCAAGAUGUACUCUUUUAAGAGGUGCAACUAAGGCUAGGGAAGCUGUAAAACACUUUAGAAAUGAAGUCAAGGGUAAUCCUAAACCCUACGUCAGAUCAAAGGGAAGAAAAUUCGAAAAGGCAAGAGGGCGUCGUCAUUCCAGAGCCUUCAAAGUUUAAUCUCUUACACUCACUA